CCUUUAACAUACAUAUAUAUUAUCACGAGUUCUAAUAUAUUUCUAAAUAAUUAUAUUUGUAAUUAUAAUAUUUGUUUAUUUAACAAAAUGAAUUUCAUAUCAAUGCUUUUCUUGUCUUUAACGUGCAUACUUAAAAAACACGUGUAAAUACAGUAAAACUCAAUAAUUUUUCGAAAAAAAAGUAAUGUUAUUGUUGCGUCCCGACUAGGUCGAUUCAUGCAUCAACGUACAAAAUGAAUACGUCGUGUUGUUCAAUAAUGAAGGUGAAUUAGAACGUGUAAUAAACAUGCUAAAUACGAUGGAGGCUGAACUAUCUUACAGCUCGCAGCUAAAUCUUAGCGAACGUACGAUGAUGGUUACGAAAUUAUGGCAAGAAAUCAUGAUGCGUUUUGAAGACAUGGGCUUGGAACAGACAGUAGGUCUCCUCCUGUUUCGUGGGUCUAAUUAUAUCGAAUACGUGGAUUGCGAUAUUGAAGGCGAUACCGGGACAGUGGCGGCGCCAGGGGAGGGCCUGGGCGGGCCACGGCCCCCUCUAAAUUUGUCUUGACCACCCCUUGGCCCCCCUAACCACAAGAGAAAAAAAUUAUUUAAAAGAACAGAUUAUAAAUCGAAAUAUCGAAUAAUUGUGGUUAUAAAUUAUUAUUAUUAUAAGACCGUAUGAUGCCCGUCUGCACGGCUAUAUAAUAUUAUAUCCGCGAGCCGUGCCUAUCUGUGACAUAAUGUCAUUUGUCAACGAUUUAAUAUUUUAUUGACAAUGAGUAUUAUUAUUUUUGUCUACGUUUUACGUUUACAUUUUACAAUUUUACAGUGCAUAAUACAGUUUAAUCGGUUUAAUGUUAUCUAUACCAUGUCGAAUAUGAAAAACAUGAAAAACCCAAUAAUAAUACGAUUUAAAAGACGCGUAGUUAAACAACAAAGAUUAUCAUUAUACUUACGUACUCGUAAAGGAUAUCAUCUUAAACGUUGUAUAAUUUUUAACUUAAUAAUGUCCAAACGAAAAAUAAAUGACUUUUUUGCAUUAGUAAUAAAUAAAAAACAAACUAAUGAUUCUGAUUCAAUUUUGUCACAAAAAAGCAAUGACUUUGGUGAACUCAUUAGUGAAGAUAGUGAAGAAGAAAAUGUUGGUAGUUUAAACAGUAACAGUUCCAGUGAUGAAUCUACAGAUAAUCAAAAUGUGUUUGAGGCAAAUUCAAUAAUAACUCCUACACAUGUAGUUACGCCACUCAAUGUUCGUACAGCUCUUGGUCCCAAAGAUAUUUCACAGACUAUAGAUGAAGGACCAACCCAGCCAAAACUAAAAUAUUACCCAAAGUCCAUUUAUGGAACUGGAAAUUCUAGCCGAGUAAGAGGUUUUCAAGUAGGUUGGUUUGACCAGUUUAAAUGGUUGGAAUAUAGUAAAUUAGAAGAUGCAGUAUAUUGUUUACCAUGUAGAUUUUUUUCAUUUAAACUAAAAACUGAUUGUGAUAAUAUUUUUAAAAGCACUGGGUAUAAAAAUUGGAAAAAUGCACUAUCAAAUAAUAAAGGAUUAUACAAGCAUGAUAAUUCUGAAGACCAUAAACAAAAUGUUGUUACUUGGAUCGAUUAUAAAAAAAAUAAAACUAACAAAACAUCAGUAUUAUCUCAAUUAGGUGAUCAUCAUGCUCAAAUAGUUGUUGAAAAUAGGAAACCUAACUUAGUAUAUGCAACACAGUCUUUACAAUAGAUAGUGUGUAAGCCCCCUACCCUAUACUGAGCCUAUGAAUGGGAAAAAGACCACGAAUUGGGACUUUUUUGGCCCUACCAAAUUUUCAAAGGCCACCAAUGGGCCCCCCCAAGAUAAAAUUCCUGGCGCCGCCACUGUACCGGGACGAUUUUAAGAGCAGAAAAUGUUGAGUACUUAUCUGUAUCAUCAUCCCAAACGGAAAUAAGAGACGUCGUGAUGAGUCAUACACAAGCUGAAGUUUUACUUCAGCUUAAAUACGAAUACGAAUUAUUAGCUCGGGAUGAAGACGAAAUACAAGAAUUUUAUACUAAGGUUCAAAUGAUAACCUCAGUUUGGAGAUUAUCCUAUUUCGUUUCAAACGGUAUAAUGUGCAAAUUGUUAGACUCAUAAUAAAUAUAUAUAAAGUGAAGUUAUGAUAAAAAGUGUACGAAACAUGCUACAUAUGAUGAAGGCCGGACUGUCUCACCGCUAGCAGCUAAAGUUUAACGAGUGUAAUAUAAUGAUUACAGAAUUAUGGCAAGAAGUUGAAAAAUCAGAAUGAUGAAACAUAUCUUUUACAUUCAAUAGCUAUUGUAUGUUGUGCCUUAAUUAAUAUGUGUAGCUCAGUGGUACCCUUGGAUUAAUUGUUUUAAAUUGUUGUAUUAAUCAUACGUAAUUUUAUUAUAUUUUAUUGUAAAAUACUAUAA